AUGGCUAUCAACCCAAAAGCUCCCACAGCGAGAAAAAACCCCGUCACUUCAACACCAACACCCAAAGUCGCUGCGAAGGCUCAGCAGCAACGCAAAACCUCCGUUUCUCAAGCCGUGUUGAAGACGCAGCAACAGCGUAAGGAUUCGAAUGCGCAAAACUCGCCCAAGGUCGUUGUGCAGCAGCAGCAGCGUAAAACUUCUGCUGUGAAGCCGACGGCGACGGGGGAAAAUAAGAGAAAGAUCAAGGCUGAGAAUGUCUCACCGACGAUGGCUGAUCUCCAGGUCAAGCCUGUAGGAGCGGAUAAGGGUAUUGCUCGGCCAGAGACCAGGGAUGAGUCUUUAUCGAAGAAGCAGAAGAUUGAGGAGAUGAAGAACGAAAUCACCCACCACGCCGCAUUCACAUCGCCGGAAAAGACCUCUUCCACAACACUCACACUCGCCACGCAGCUCCCAUCCCUACCACCAUCCGCCGCCACUCAAUCAGCCCAGUCCACCCAGAUGAUGACGAACCUCCUCCACCACGUCCUCCAAACCCAGCCCUCUCUCCUCCCCUCCAACCCCUCCACACCCAUAACAUCCCCCCACAUCGACGCCAUAGCGCACACGAUGUGGCAAAUCGCCUUCAAACACGUCGUCAUGCUGCAACGCGCCUGCCAGUACAGCGCCAUGUACGCGCCCGUCAAACUCGCAGCGCUGGCGAAGUUGAAUUUUCUGCCGAGUUGGUGGUUCUUCAGAGACUUGGUUGUUGGGGGGUUGCCGGGGUUGGUUGGGGUUGUGGAUGGGAUGGGAGGGGAGAAGGGGGAGGGAAAGGGAGGGGUGGUGAUUGAUGAUGGGGAGAUGAUGGGGGCUUGGGAUGAGGCGGUUAGGUGGUGUGGGGGUGUUGUUGCGAGGAGGGAGGGGGUUGGUAAGGUUGUGGGGAGGGAGGAGGAAGGGGAGGAGAGGGAGGCUGUGCAGGAGGGGCAGCAGGAGGAGUUGGUGCUGGAUGGUAGGAUGGCGGAUGGUGAGGAGGGUGGAGAGGGAGGGGAGUGA